AAACGCAUCGUUUUCCCUGCAUCAACCUGCUCAGUAUCAAUUAGCCGUUUGUCUGUCAGUCACACAGGUGUGUGUGUGUGAGUGUGUGUGUGUGCGCGGGCUGAUUCGUCCCUUUGUGUGAAGCGCCGAAACCUCCAGAUGAGACACUAAAACGCCCGAUGACUGGAGUAUUUCGGCGGACUCAUGACAGAGACGGUGGCCGCGGCUCGAGCAGGACGACCAGAGCUAACGGUUGAACAUGUUAGCUCCAGCAGCGCGGCAGGUGCACUGCGGCGUGCGCGAGCGUUGAGACGUUAGCCUCGUCGUGUGCAGGUAGCUUCUGAAAGAUCACGGCUUCUUCUCCGGACGAGCUUAGAAACACCUACAUUAUCAGCAGUCUGACAUCCAUAAAGGGUGAAGAUCUACAUCAGGACACCUUCAGCCUCUCCCCCCUCCACCCCUUUCUUCCUCUCUCUGUCCAUUAUUCUUCACCUCCACCUCUUUCAGCUUCAUACCCUGUUCCUACUUUCUUCAUCUCCCUCCACAUCACACAGCUGACGUGCCAACAUGGCCUCGGCCCAGUCCGAGCAGUCCAGCGUCCUGCAGGAGGAGCUCACCUGCCCGGUGUGCCUGGACCUGUACCGCGACCCCUACCUGCUCCCCUGCGGCCACAACUUCUGCAAGACCUGCCUGGACCGCCUCAAGCGCCAAGCAGAUCGAGGCCGCUUCCGCUGCCCAGAGUGCCGCGACAGCCACCGGUGUGGCACCAGCUUUCAGAAAAACUUCAAACUAGCCAACAUUUCUGAUGACUACCGUCAGCGGCGCAGAGCCACCACCGCAGCUGCCACGGCUUUAAAAUCCAGAGACCCGCUGUCGUUGUCUCUGACAUCGCAGCCAGCCCGGAGCGUGUUUGCUGUUCCGUGUGAUUACUGCCCCUCGGUCGCCGCCGAGGCUUCAGGUGUCAGUGCAGCCGCGGAGGGAUCCUCUGCUGCUUCUGUUUCUCAGGAAGAUGGUGACCGGCUGGAUGUCGCCGCUGCAUCGUCGUCGACGUUCGCGGUCAAGACGUGCCUGAAGUGCGAGGUGUCGAUGUGCCAGGAGCACGUGAAACCACAUCUGGAACUGCCGGCUUUCCGCGAGCAUCCACUGACAGAGCCGAUGAAUGACCUAUGGAAGAGGAAGUGCCCAGACCACGAUGAGAUAUACAGAUAUUACUGCAUGGAUGACAAGGUGUGUGUUUGCAACGCCUGCACCAUAGAAGGAGGACACCUGGGACACACCAUCAAGACCCUCAAGAACACAAUGAAAGAUCUCAAGGGCACUCUGGAUAAGCAGCUGUACAGGGUUGAGAGGAAGUACAGCAUGGCAGAGAGGAAACUCCAGGAGCAGAAGGAGAAAGAGAGGCAGAAUAAGAAGUUCAUGGAGGACUCCGAGCAGGGCAUGAACAAGCUGGCCGAGGAGACGAAGGCCAGGGUGCUUCGCUUCGUCGGCAGAUUUCGGGAUAUCACGCGCGCUCACUAUGACGCCAACGGGCCGGCAAUCCAGAAGAACAUCACCAGGAUCUGCCAGGACCAGGCGCGUCUCCAGGAGGUCCGCUGUGGCCUCGAGAGCCUCAUGCAGGAGAACGACCCCUUCCGCUUCAUCGAGGCAUACAAGACAACAGGAAAACAGUGCCGUAGGCAGUUAAGAAAAACCCUCUUCUACCCCGAGUACGUGGACAUGGACAGGGAGAUUCUUGGAGCUGCGAUGGAAGAAGAAAUGAAAAAAUUCCUUAAAGAAGAAAUGCCAAGUCACAUCAUGGGGACCAUCUAUAGCCUGUGUGACCUUUCAGACGUCGAGGAGGAGGAGCAGGAGAACGAGGAGGAGACGGUGGAGGAGGAGGAGGAGGACGAUGACGACGACGACGACCUGGACGACAGCAGCGUGGAGGAAAUGAGGAGUGAGGGGGAGGAGGAAGACGAGGAGGACGACGAGGAGGAAGGGCACGACCAGAGCGAGCUGGCCGACGAUCUUUACAGCCCAGAAGAGGAGGAGGAGGAGGAAGAAGAAGAGGGUGAAGACGAGGGAGAUGGUGAGGACGAGGAUGGAGAAGAGGAGGAUGUCGAGGACAGAGGGGUUUAACUGAGGACUUGAUUUGUUUAUUUUUAUACCUGUUGAAGCACUUUGGAUUAGAUCUUUCUCUGCGGGUGAGUGCGACAGAUGCUGCUUUAGUGUUGCACCCAUCUUCUCUUUGAAUGUCCCAUGUACAGUUAAAGGAACAUUUCACCCAAAAAUGGAAAUGCAGUCAUCAUGUACUCACCCUCAACUCUCAAACCACAGCAAGGUGAGCAGAUAGUGACUGAAUUGUCAUUUUUGGGUGAACUCUCCCCUUCAGGACUCUUGCAGCUACCGCAUUUUGCCUCAAACCCUCCGACAGAUGACACACUAGGACGUAACGAAGCUUCGAUCCACCUGGAUUUAAAGCCAGAUGCACUGACGAACCUUCUGCUUAACCUGUGCUGCGUACUGCUAAACUCAAAGAAGGUGCUUUGUAUGAGAAGACAUUUGCUGUAUACGUACACACGGGAAUGUGAAUGUGUCGUGACAGAAUGUGUCUGGAAGGACUCAAACACAAUGAAAUGAAAAUGGCAAAACCUCUGCAUGUCUGCAAUGCCAGAUUUUCUACCACUACGCUAAACAUUUUAGCUGUUUUGAUCUAAUUUGUUUGGAGAACUUUGACCUGUUCACCUGAACUUUUGAUACAACAGGUGCUCAGGCUGCGAGAGCUUCUGGGGUAACUUUUCCUUAAAUUUUUGAAAGAAUGUAUAAGAAAUGACUUUGAAUUCCUUGAGUUUGCCAGUUUCCUCUCACCGUGAAAAGCCUUUUGAUCAGUAUCCUUGAAAACAGGCCAAGAUUUUGCCAAUGUAUUUGACCUGGAGGAGCGUGAACACACAAGGCUAGUCAUGAUCUACUGAAAUGAGUCCUGCGUGUUAUGGACUGUGGCAAUUGUUACAUUCGUGCCAGGGUCAAAACAUUGCAAGCCAAAGAGUGAGGAUGCACGUGUGCUUUGAUUUGAUACUUGAUAAAGUUUGUUUGCUUGGCAUGAUGUUAGGAAAAAAAAAUGCAAUGUGUUAAUAGCGGUUUACAUACUGUUAGCUACAGGAUGACUUUGCUUUUCAUAAUUGUAUUUUAAGAAGUAGAAAUGCAUUGUUUAAAAAAUGUGAAAUGCACAGUUCAUACAUUGUUCUCAAAAUAACACUUUCAGGUGAUAAUACAGUUUGCACUUUACUUAGGAAAAAAAAAAGAAAAAAAAAAGAAAAACAUAAGCUACGUUAGGCCUGAGAUAUGUGAAUGUUACAAGCUGAUUAUUCUUUUGAUACAAGGGAUUUUUUGAGGGGUCCACUGAAAUGAUUAUUCCAUGAUGAUGGUGAUAAUAAUAAAGAUAAUAAUAAUUAUACCUGCA